CUAACGGGCUCGCGCCGCCGCCCUCGGCCCGCCCCGGCUCCAUCUUGCGGACGAGCAGGUUGCGCCGUGACGCCACCGCUCCCUCAGAAUGUCAUACCCAGGCUAUCCGCCCAGUGGCUACCCACCUUUCCCUGGAUAUCCUCCUGCAGGUCAGGAGUCAUCCUUCCCCCCUCCAGGUCAGUAUCCUUAUCCUAGUGGUUUUCCUCCGAUGGGAGGAGGUGCCUACCCACCAGCACCAAGUGGUGGCUAUCCUGGAUCCGGAGGCUACCCCACGCCUGGAGGCUACCCCGCGCCUGGAGGCUAUCCUGGUGCCCCACAGCCAGGUGGAGCCCCAUCCUACCCUGGAGUUCCUCCAGGCCAGGGAUUUGGAGCCCCACCAGGUGGAGCAGGCUAUCCUGGCUAUCCACAGCCACCUUCGCAGUCUUACGGUGGUGGCCCAGCACAGGUCCCACUACCUGGUGGUUUUCCUGGAGGACAGCCUUCUCAGUAUCCUGGAGGACAAGCUCCUUACCCUACUCAGCCUGCUGCAAUGACUCAAGGCACUCAGGGAACAAUUCAUCCAGCUGCCAACUUUGAUGCUAUGAAAGAUGCAGAAAUUCUCCGUAAAGCAAUGAAGGGAUUUGGGACAGACGAACAGGCAAUUGUGGAUGUUGUAGCCAACCGUUCCAAUGAUCAGAGGCAAAAAAUUAAAGCAGCUUUUAAAACCAUGUAUGGAAAGGAUUUAAUCAAAGAUCUCAAAUCAGAGUUAAGUGGAAAUAUGGAAGAACUGAUCCUUGCCUUGUUCAUGCCGCCUACGUAUUAUGAUGCCUGGAGUUUACGGAAUGCAAUGCAGGGAGCAGGCACUCAGGAACGUGUAUUGAUUGAGAUUUUGUGUACAAGAACAAAUCAGGAAAUCCGAGAAAUUGUCAGAUGUUAUCAAUCAGAAUUUGGACGAGACCUUGAAAAAGACAUUAGGUCCGAUACAUCAGGGCAUUUUGAGCGUUUGCUUGUAUCCAUGUGCCAGGGAAAUCGGGAUGAGAACCAGACUGUAAACCACCAGAUGGCUCAGGAAGAUGCACAGCGUCUCUAUCAAGCUGGUGAAGGGAAACUAGGGACAGACGAAUCCUGCUUCAACAUGAUCCUUGCCACGAGAAGCUUUCCUCAGCUGAGAGCCACCAUGGAGGCUUAUUCCAGGAUGGCUAAUCGAGAUUUGCUAGCAAGUGUGAGCCGUGAAUUUUCCGGAUAUAUUGAAAGUGGUUUGAAGACCAUCUUGCAGUGUGCCCUCAGCCGCCCCGCCUUCUUUGCUGAGAGGCUCUACUACUCCAUGAAGGGGGCCGGCACGGAUGACUCCACCCUGGUCAGGAUCGUGGUCACUCGAAGUGAGGUUGAUCUUGUACAAAUAAAACAGAUGUUCACCCAGAUGUAUCAGAAGACCCUGGGCACAAUGAUUGCAAGUGACACGAGUGGAGAUUACCGAAAGCUGCUGUUGGCCAUUGUAGGCCAGUAGAAGAGCUAUUUGAAAACAAAGAAAACUUUUCAUAGCUUUAUCCUUCAAGUCAACAGCAGACCUGCAUGCAGCAAUAUCAACUGUCACCUAACCAAGAGAUUUUUACCAAGGACUGUGUCAGGGUAAUGUGCUUGAUUUGCACAUGUAUUGCCUUAAUUCUAAUGUUAUUUUUUUUUCUAUGUACAAUCAGUGUAAAGCCAUAACACAAUGAUGUAGAAAUUUUGUAAUGUUUCUAAGUCCUCACUCACUGCUUUACUCUAAUUAAGAAUAAAAGCAAUCUAAUUCUGUGUAAUAAUAAUUGAAUAAUUUCCAAAGAGGAUGCUCAUCACCUUUACCUAGUUAAUACAUGAGAAAAGAGUAUUGUUAAAGAGCAACACUGGUUUGGACUCAUGCUGGCUGGAUUUCAAAACGUGAUUACCAGUUCAGGAAUGGGUCAGUAAUGAAUCGCCCACAGCAGCUUCCAGCCAGUAGUGACUGGUUAUCCCUUUAUCAUGUUUUAACAUCUGGACCUGUUCAGCAUAAAUUUUGAAAAGAGGGACUUGACUUUAGCUAGGUUUGUGUUGUAUUUCUAUUUAAAAGUUAAAAGCAAAGUGAUGUUUACCCAAAUAAGAACAAUUCACUUAAAAAUCUCAGCAGACCGUUAACUAUUUGGAGAUGGUGGAAAUUUGCUGGUGUUCUUGUAUCUCAGUUUCAACCCCAAAGCUGACUUCAUUAUAAAUGAUUUCCUUGCUGUGUGGUGAUAGUCCCCCAGUGAACACUAUUCAGUACUGACAUUGGCGAGUUAUCCAAGCAGUAGCAUUCUAAACUAAUGGGAUUCUAGUAUAAAAUGUUAAAUAUAUUAUUUUGGUUGCCAAAGUGUUCCUGAUGCUUUCAGGAGCUCCAGUAUCACCAGCCCUAACCUUUAAAAUCUGGCUGGGCAUCUAAUUAUUUCCAUAUCCCUUACAUACUCCACAGGGCAUGGAAGAAGCAAGGACCACUGUGUAUGUUUAACAUCAAAAGGGAAAAAAAAAUCACUUAAAAUUUGUUUUAUGUAUUCUAAUUUUAUUUGAAACGCAUAUAGACAGAAAAAGGUCUGUCCACUGGGUCACUCUCCAAUCUCCCCAGCUACCAGGAUUGGGCCAGGCCAAAACCAGGAUCCUGGGACUAAGUCUGAGUCUCAUGUGGGUGUCAAAUCCAACUAUUUGAGCUGCCUGCCAGAAUGCACAUUAGAAGGAAGCUGCAUUUGGAUACAGAGACUUGAACCAGGCACUCCAGUAUGGGAUGCAGGCGUCCCAAGUGGUGUCUUAAUUGUUGUGCCACGUGUCCACCCCCAAAAAAACCACUUUUACAUUUUAUAUAAACAACUGUCUUUUGCCUCCUUUUCAAAGUUCUGUUUCUUAGCACUUUGAGAUAGUCAAUCUAUAAUUAUGGAGGGACUGAACAUGUUUGUUGCCUUGUUAUAUAAUAAAGACUUUUCAUGCUGCUGCCUUAUAGACUUUA